GUAGACUACUACAGCCGAUUAUAGAAGCGUGAGAGUAUAACAGAUGUGCACGCUCUUCUUCUCCCGUCUGUUAUUGCGAAAUUUUUUGCUCACACGAUUAUUUCGCGCGACACGAUCAGUGUUGAAACUUGAAACAAGGGUCGAUUAUCACGGAAUAUUUAAUAUACUUUUUAUUGCUUAACCUUUUUAAAAGCUUUCUUUAUUGGGAAUAUGCGCAAGAGAUGUGUUUAGGAAGUAACGUCGUUUCGCAAAAAGCAAGCUGACGUCAGUCUUUAGACAACAUUUGAGAUGGAUGGUUCUAAAUAUUCCGGAUAUCAAGAUGCUUAUGAUUUCGAAUGGGCGGUAAAAUUAAAUCGUAUCGCUCUAGACUUGAUUGGACUCUGGCCUAAAACUCCGCAAAGUCCGCGACAGAAGUUAUUGUGCGAUUUUCGAGUGCUCGUUGUCUUUUUGGGGAUAACUCUCGGUGUUCUAAUUCCUGCUAUACAUUCCCUGAUAAGAAUUCAAGGGGAUAUUAUGCUGAUGAUGGAUAAUUUACAAUUCACUUUGCCAGCCGUGAGCUGCUCGAUAAGAAUCGUGAUCUUUUGGUGGAAAAAAGAAGAUUAAUCUUGACGUAGUCUCUCUGUCAAUUUAGCCCUCAUUCGAAUCGUUCAAUAUAUUGACACUUUUGAAGCU